CUAUGCCGGUGCACUAUUGGCACGAUAGCGUCUGCACUAUUCGCAGUAGCUUAAACGUUUCGGCUUCGAAAUUCGGUUUCUUUUUUCAAAUAAGGGUUUAAGUCUUUUGUUGUCAGAAGACACACAAUGUCCAAAGUUGGAGAAACUCCGCAGGUUUUGUUUGCUCGAGGAAGCCAGGACGGUGAUUCUACAGCAGAUGAUUGGGAUGACACUGAACUACUGAAAGAGUAUGACAGGGCAGUCCGACCACUGAAGGCCCUUGUUGCUGAAAGAAUGGGAUUAAGUAAUGCUGAAAUUGAAGAAGCAUCUGCUACUGAGAGUGGUAGUUCUAGAAGCGUUCUUGAAAAGGACGGUUCCAAAGUCCAGAAGCGCCAUCAGAAGAAAAGGCGUAGAAAGGGCAAAAGCAAGCAGCACCGAGAAUGGGCAGCUGGUGACCAUUGUCAGGCCAAGUUUACUGUCGAUGAGCAGUUGUAUGAAGCCACAGUUGUGUCCAUCGACCAUGAUCGAGGCACUUGUAUUGUUCAGUAUGUUGGGUAUGGAAACUCUGAAGAGCAGCCUUUAUCCGCCCUUUCGCACUCCAUGGGAGCAGCAGUCCGUAGGGAGCAAGUGAACAUUGCAACCUUGAAGGCUGAAGAUACUGAAGCUGCCCAGAGUGACGACCCUAUGGAACGGUCAUCAGAGGCUAGCUCUACUAUUUCUCUAUCUAAGAUGGGAUUGGGUGACAGCUCACACAAGAAUGCCAAUGCACAAAAGUCACGAAAUCCACCAUAUGUUCCCCGGCCUCCUCAUUUCUCUGCACCAUCAAAUUCUGGAGGUCCCAGACUGGGUGUACCCAAUUUUUCAGGAAUUAGAGCUCCCUCUGCCAUGAAUGAUAUGGUUCCACCACCCCUUCCUCCUCAUGUCUUGGCAAGUCUUCCAGGAGAUGAUUCCGAAGCGUUGUCCGCAAUGUUGAUGUCAUGGUAUAUGAGUGGUUUUCAUACAGGAUACUAUCAGGGGCUGAAGAGAGCAAAGAACUUUAGCCAGUCCUAGAAUACAAUUAAAAUAGAAUACAAUAUACAUUUCCUAUUACAUUGUAAAGAACUUUGUGCCAGCAAUUUGUAAAACAUUCAUCUUCCUUGUACCUUUCACUCAUUUAGUUCUUCACUUUUCUAUUGUGGUAUCUACUUUACUGUGAUUUUGAAUUCCCUGGACUGUUCUGUUUCAGUCCCAUAUCUGUAUCUGUAAUAAACUUUUAAAAAAGUU